AUUUCAGAACAAUUGAAGACAUGCCAGACGUGUUCGAGCUGGAAACCUUUGACAACAGGAAACAGAAGACUGUGGAGACUGCCGAGAAAAAAAACGCUGCUUACUAAAUAAGUGAAAGUCUAAGCAACACACCUAUAUUACCUUGACGUGAAGUGUUAUUAAAGAUAUAAACGUCAAAGGAAAUGACAAUGCGACCUGAAAGAGGAAAGGCUAAGAAGAUGUACCUGCCCACGCAAACAACUAUGAAUUCUGAAAGCAAUACGGACGAUCCAUCGGAAAGUAAUAAUGUGACAAAAAUAAGUGAAAUAGACGGUGGGGGAGAUGCUAAAAAGCAGGUAAAAGAUGUUAAGGUCAAACCGUCUCGACAGAAGAAGCCGCUGAAAAAAAUAAACAAAGGUCCAGUGACAUUUUCGGCAGAAGAAAUUGUGAAAAAGGAAGGGCCCUUAAGUUUAAAUGCGCCCACUAUUCCCAACGUUCAACUGCUGAUAAUUAAUGUGAAAGGUAAUGGCAAAGGUAAAAGUGAAGACGAUGACCAUAUUGAUCCUCCCGAAAGCAGACGAAGAAAUGCAAUCUCUAAUAUUAUCCACAAGUAUAAACCUGACGUUGUUUUAUUUCAGGAAUUUACCUGGGUAGGUAUUACAGGCAACUCAUGGAUAAAAUGGCCAAUACCCGACAAUUAUGCCUACUUGGGCAAUACGGAAGCGAGUAUAAUGAGUGACUCAAGGCAUGUUGUUGUGUGGGACGUGCCAGCUGCUGACAUUGACAACAUACUUACAGAACUCAAGAGGACUUCCAAUAACAGGCUGGAGCAGCUUUUCCCGACGGACUUUACGCCAGUUUCGCGGAUGUGUCUGAAAAGGAUGAUGGUCAAAACAAAGCCUGUUUUGGAUUUCAUUUGCGUCUCGUGGCACGGGCCUUCAAAAAAACUUACCCUAGAAGAGAAAAUCGUUUUCUUUAAAUAUUUAAUGGAGUUCCUUCGUCAUAUAAAAGACAAGUACAACAUCGCCAUGCUGAUAGGUGGCGAUUUUAACAUAAACAUGGAAAGCAUUAAGCAUAUUGACAUCUCCCCGUUCAAGUUAUGCGAGUAUAAGGCAUCCGAAAGACGGAUUGGUAGAAUCAUUGACUUUUACAUUGUAUCGGACGAAAUUACCUUGGAUAACAUACAGUGGGUCGACCUUGAACGGGAUACUGACGUCGUUCGCCCGAAUAAAAUACUAGAUCACGACCCCGUGCUUGCUACUUUAAAACCUAGUUUAGAGGCAAUGGCAUUUAUGGACACAUUGUGGUCAUGGUUGUCGAAUCUGUUUGGAUUUCGAAAUGCUGUUUCAGAUACGGAGUCAAAUUGGUUGAAUCUUGAACGUGAUACUACCGUCGUUAGCCCGAAUGAAAUACCAGAUCACGAUCCCGUGCUUGGUACUUUAAAACCCAUUUUAGAGGUAGAAAGAUCAGCCGCCUAUGUGAAUGAACGUGGUGAUUCAGAAUCGAAGUCGAAAGGAAAAGCAAGUGACAAAAUGGCAUUUAUGGACACAUGGUGGUUAAGGUUGUCGGAUCUGUUAGGAUUUCGAAGGUGACACUACCGUCGAUUGCCCAAAAAGAAUACUAGAUCACGACCCGAUGCUUGUUACUUUAAAACCUAGUAUAGAGGCAGAAUUUCUAUGUGAAUCGAAAUGAUUUUUCAGAUUCUAAGUCGAAAGGAAACAUAUUUGACGAAAUGGUCUUCGAGGACACAUGGUGGUCAUGGUUGUCGGAUCUUUUGGAUCUCGAAUGUGAUACUACCGUCGAUUGUCCGAAUUGAAUACUAGAUCAAGACCUCGUGCUUGCUGCUUUGCAACCUUUACAUAAAUAAGCAAGGUAUGCUUCAUUAGGCAGUAUGAAGUGUCAAAAACUAUAUAAAAUACUGACUUCAGUGUAACAUGCUAUGCACUGUUUGAAUACAAAGUUUAAUGAGACAUUUUUCACGCCAUAUGACUUGUAUUAUUUAAAUACAUAUGUCGAAAAUGCAUGUUGUUUUUUUUAAGUGUGUUGGGAACCUCUUAAACGAGGGCUACGUUGACAGUUGUUGGCCUUAUGCAAUUAUUUUUUAGAAUUAAAUGUUGUCAUUAUUUUGAAAAUAUAUUUGUGUAAUAUUUAUGGUGUGGAAAGCCUAUUUUGCUUGUAGAGUUAAAUAUUACAUAUUAUUUGUAGGUUUUGCGUGGUUCUGGUAAAAUCAUAUUAAAUAAGCCCCAUAAGUAUUUUAGAUAUUGCCAAAAUACAGUAAAAUCAAACAUAUAAGACGUUAAGUGGAAAUGCAUUAUGACCAUCACUUAAGGCUUGCAAUUAUUGAUAAUUGUUAUUUUUGCGUAGAGCAUGAAUGAAUUAUUUAAAAUUUGAAUUACUUGUUUUAUGCAGAUCAUAACUGAUUUUGUAUUGAAGCACCAUAUCCAAUAAUACCACCUUGGAUGAUAAUGACCCUUAAUGGGUUUGCAAAAUUCUCGAAUCAUCACUUUCGUCAGUAGUAACAUACACACUUGAACAAAAAAAUGCCAUAAUUCGUUACUUCAAACAACAUGCUUGUGGUAUUACAUACACAUACUUUAAUAUAAUGAAUGACAAAAUGACGCAGCCUAUACUACACCUAUGACAUUUGUCGCCCUAUUUGUCGUUCUGGCCGAUAUUAGUCGCUCUGGCGUGACGUUCUUAAAAGAAACUUCACGUCAAAACGAAAGGGCAGAAAUCGGCCAUCAAAUCAACGUUUGUCUGACUGUUUUUUUAAUGUGCAUCUUUCAUGAUAAAAAUUUAUGGAAUCGUUAAGAGUCUUAUGUUUGCAUUGUAUAUUUCUUUACAAAUUGAUCGAAUGAAUACACUUUGUUUUAAUUCAAUUAUGUAUUUGUUUAAUGUUAAGGUAACAUAUACACAAGUGUCAUUGAAUUUCUACGUUACUAACAAGUCUACUGCCUUUGAUUUACGCAAUCAAAAGAACUAGAGAAAAUACAUCUGAAAUUUUGCAAACGUAUUUUAAAACUUAAAGCUAAUACAUCUAAUGCGGGCGUAUAUGGGGAGUUAGGUCGAUACCCUCUGUUCAUUACAAGGUAUAUACAAAUUAUUAAAUACUGGAGUAAAAUUAUACAUACAGAUAAUAUUAUUAUUAAAAAGGUUUAUGAACAGGCCAAAGCAGAUUGUAACACUGGCUUGAAAAAUUGGGUAUAUAAUAUUAAGUUAUUGCUAAGCAAUCAUGGUUUCGCUUAUAUUUUUGAAGACGCUGAAAAUGUCCAUUUUAAAUCAUUUAUUUGUAUUUUUAAACAACGUAUCUUUGACAAUUUUAUUCAGGAAUGGUCCCAGAGCAUGCAGAUAAACCAUGUUCUUACUACUUAUGUACUUUUCAAAAACAAUUUCCAUUACGCAUCAUACCUCGAUUUACUAUCUAGCAGCCUAAGAAUGUUUUUCUGUAGGCUAAGACUAUCGGUUCACCCACUAAGAAUACAAACCGGUAGAUAUGGUAGAAAUCGAAUUGCUAGGGAUCAGCGUUAUUGUUUAUUUUGUAAUUCACAUGAUAUUGAGGAUGAAUAUCAUUUUAUGCUUAUAUGUCCAUCUUUAGAGGAGAUACGCACAAAAUAUGUACCAAAGUAUUAUUACCAACGCCCAUCGAUGUUUAAAUUUUUGGAUAUGUUGGGCAUUAAUAACAAAACCAAAUUAAUUAAAAUUUCUCUUUUUAUUAAAUACGCAUUAAAUAAAAGAAACUCAUUGUUAAAUGUAAGUUCAUCUUCGUAAAACAAGGACACAUACUUUAACAUUUUGAAUAUCACAAUAUGUAUGUAUAUCACAAUAAAAUGUAAUAAGUUUUAUAAUAAAGACCAGGUAUACCGUAUAUACAGGUAUACCGUAGUUACUGUCAAUAUAUGAUUACCGUGACAUGAAUGUUCUUAAUUAUGCUUUGUUUGUUUUGUUAUAUUGACGAUGUACAUUGUGCAAGUCAUAAUAAAACACAUGUUCUGUUC